GAUCCGAAAUUUGAAGACCCCGGCUCUUUCAUUCGAAGAAACGAGCUAAACCUUGAAAAGAAAAGAAAAACAACAACAAAAAUACUUUCACAUUUCUAUCGAAAAUGUCGUGGCAAAAUUACAUCGAUGAACACCUCAUGGCCAACAUCGACGGCCAGUACCUGACCUCGUCGGCGAUCGUAGGCCUCGACGGUAGCGUCUGGGCUCAGAGCGCCAACUUUCCUCAGUUUAAACCUGAGGAGAUCACUGGCAUUGUUAAUGAUUUUAAUGAACCGGGUUCCCUUGCUCCCACUGGUUUAUUUCUUGGGGGUGUAAAGUACAUGGUAAUCCAAGGAGAACCUGGAGCUGUUAUUCGUGGAAAGAAGGGAUCAGGUGGCAUCACUAUAAAGAAAACCAACCAGGCCCUUAUAUUUGGCAUAUAUGAUGAGCCAAUGACUCCAGGCCAAUGCAACAUGGUUGUAGAGAGGAUGGGCGAUUAUCUCGUUGAGCAGGGCCUGUAAUGCUUUCAGCGCCCCAAAUCCCUAUCUUUUUUCCUCAUUGGGAUGUAGUAGUGAUCUUGCCCCCUUUCCCCCUUCCCCAGUUUUGAGCAUUGCAUAUUUCCAUGAGCAUGGACUGGUAUUGUUCUGCAUUUUGUUUUGGGCAAUAAUCUUGUGGACAUAUCGGGUUGGUGUCUUUGGGUUUGGUUUUCAUAUCCUUUUGUGUUUUUUGAAGAAUCAUGCGCUUUCCUUUGCCAUGUUUGUUACCAACAGAUUUGCAUAUGUCAAAGAUUUUUAAAGAAGUGCUUAUUCUUUAGUACUCUGUGGAAUGCUUUCUUUGUUUUUA